UUUGACAAAUAAAAAAGCAGAAGCAAAAAACUGUGAAAAGCAAUAUGUCAAUACGGAGAUUUUUCGUAAACAAUCGAAUGAAAUUUUAAAUUUCCAAGUGCUUUCCGGCCUAGAUGGAGGUGAAAAUGCAGCACAACUCCCAGGCGCACUUGUUCCAGAUACAGGUCAAAUCCUUGAUCAAAACGCUGAAAUGUCUGCAAUCGGACGAUAAAUACCAGGCGCUACUGUUUCUCAUUUCGGCCAUUAAGUUGUACGUCAAAUUCUUGUACAACGACAACCAAGAGCGAAUUUAUAAGCCGUCAAUACUCAAAGAGUUGAACAACAUCCAGAAUGUGAUUAUUGCAAAUCUACUGAAGUCGCGUAGUGCUGCUGCAACGAUACCGUCAUCCUCGUUGGUUCCGUGUGAACUACGUACCAGCAUUCGCAACGAUGCACCGGAAGCGAUGAGCAGUGAUGGAAUUUUACUCAUCCAUCCAAAGUCGAGAACGCUGCUCUCCCUCACACCCUAUGAUAUGAAAGGGAAACUGCUACGCGGGGGACUGUUCGAUAGUAUUCCUCUUUCCGGAGCUGUCAAGUUUAAACGACGCCCUCGAAUAGGAGUCAUCGGCGAUUUCGGGAACAUCAGAUUAAACCGGUCCCUUGUUCGCAUGAUAGCUUCCCGAAAUUUUAAGCUACUGUUUAACAUGUUCGAACAAAGCAUUUUUCCAACGUGGAGAAUUUUCAAAGAUGAGCGCCCAAUCAGAGCCCGGACUCGUCCAACUAUGCCCUCGAUUUGCUACAGCGGUGGAUCCUCCCACUCACCACCUGCAGCCUACAUCAAGAAGGAAGAUUUCGAUUUUGAUGCCCCAUACUCAUUGGCGGUUGAUGAUCCGUGCUUCGAGGAGCUAAAGGAUGAGGACGACGAUCUGAUGAUGCUGAAGGACGAGGACGAUGAAGAUGAUUCCAUUUCCAACGAAAUCUACUCGGAGGAAUCGUCUACCAACAACACAUCGCUGAUGCUGUCUUCUGAUACGAACACUUUAGACACUAAUGAUUCCAACAUGCUCUCGGGUGAAAGACUCAAAGAGCAGGUUUACCAAUGUCUGUUGUGCGAUAAAAGCUAUCGGAAACGGAAGUCAUUGGUAAUCCACUUUAGUAACCACCCGGGAUUUUGUCCAGACUGCGGAAAACAACGAGGUGUAACUUCAGAGGACAUCAUUGAACACAACAGAGUCUACCACAAGAACAGGCCGCAUAUUUGCGAACACUGUGGGGAAACAUUCACACGCAAUCAACAGUAUCAGGUCCAUGUGCAAGGCCACUUCAUUAGCAAGGCGCGCAUCCAGGAGCAGAACUGCAAAAAAACCUACAAGUAUAGCUGCCGUUCAUGUGGUAUUGUCUUCAACAACCAAAAAUAUUUGGAAAAACAUGUUCAGAAAAGUGGUCACCAAGCCGAAGGUGUAGUGUGCGGAACUUGCGGUGCAAUAUUUUUGUCGGAAAUCAAACUUCAGCAACAUAUGGCUAGGACUCAUAACAAUGAAAAACGGUUCUCGUGUGAACAGUGUGGUAAAAUAUUCAAUCAGAAGGCGAAUCUCGACCGACAUAUGUUGCUACACACGAGCAUGGGUGAAAAGAAUUAUCCUUGCGACAAGUGCAGUGCCUCGUACCUCUCAAUGGCUUCGUUGAAGGAGCAUAUGAAGGUCUCACAUACUGCGGAGGACAAAUUCGAAUGUAACAUCUGUCAUAAACUGUUUGCUGCGAAACGUUCCCUUAAACGCCAUAAGCUAUGUCAUUCGGAGGAACGACCUUUUCCCUGUACUGUCGAAAAUUGCAAGGAGGCCUACAAGAACCAAUCGCACUUGGCACGUCACAUGAAGACGGCACAUCACAUCGAUCCUCCCCCCAAGCGCAUGGCGAAAGGAAUGCAAAAGGAACCGGAUUUCGUUCCGCUGGAUCCGAUUGGUACCGGUGACUCUUCUGGGAGCAAAAAUAGCCCAAUGAAAAAACCAGUGAUUGCUGGCAGUGACAAGUCCAUCGGUGACAGCAGCACCAACUUUAGUGAUAACCUAUCCACAUACAACUAUGACUACGUUGAAGCUGUUCCGACCAAUGCGGGUGUAGUAGAGCCGAACCAACAGCAGCGAAUACAGAUGAUAGGACCGGCAGGGCCUAGGAUGGGCGGACCGACCCCGUCGGUUGGCUUCAACGAUCCUAGCCAAGGGUACGGCGGAACGACUACCAACGAUCAGUUCGAAUGGCAGAAUCUCGAAUUUGGCGCCGGACCCGGUUCUUCUCAGCAACCGAUGAGCUUGGAUCCUCUUGGCCAAGGUUAUAUAGAGGGCGUUCACACGACGGGUUAUAUUCCGGGAGCAUUGCCAGGCAUGAGAGCGUAUCCGGACCCGAAUCUCAUUUGCGAGCACUGUGACGAAAACAGUUUCCUAAACAGUCAGCAACUGCAAGUCCACAUACAGGAUCACUUCUCAGCAAAAGACAGCAAAGAACCUCCCGGGAAAAUAAAACAAUUCUUUCUUCCAACAGAACUGCUAAAAUUACACUGCAAAACCUGCAAUUUGGUGUUUACUACUGGGGUUCAGCUAGAUCGUCACAUUCAAAAAACAAACCACCACACCGACAGUGUCGGUUGUGAUCUCUGUAGUGCAAUAUUCAACUCUAAUCUCAAAGUCUACCAGCACAUGCUCAAAUGUCAUAAAAAUGAAACGUGGUACGCGUGUGAGCAGUGCUCUAAGGUUUUCAUAUUGAAACAAGACUAUGACAAACAUCAACUGGUUCACCAAACCGUUACUGACAAAUCGGUCAUCUGUGAGCAUUGCGCGUCAUCCUUUUUCUCGCAGGAAGCGCUCAAAGAACAUAUCAAAAUUUCGCACACAGCGGAGAAAAAGUACGAGUGCACCAUAUGCAACAAAUUAUUCGCUGCUAAGCGCUCACUCAAACGCCAUAAACUAUGCCAUGAGGAGGAAGGUGCAUUUCCUUGUCCGGUGGAGGACUGCAAGGAGUCGUUUAAGACUCCUGCCAGUCUGACCAAGCACAAAAAGAUGGUACACAGUAUUGGUCCCGAUCCGAGUGAAAAAGGAGGAUCCAAAGCUAAGGCAACUGCAGCGGCCAAGGCAGCCAGUGAAAAGCUGCUGCCAGAACCUCCGCCAGUUGUGCCAGUCGUUAACCCUGCGCUUGUCCUGACCAAUGUAGCAGGUCCAUCGGUGGCUAUUAAACAUGAACCACGGACGCCUACUGGCAUGUUGGUGCCUCCUUCUCGAACCAGUAGUACAAGUAGUGCUGGCACCGGAAGUAAUCCGAAUGCAAUACCCUAUGAUCCUUAUGGUGCAGGAAUGCAUUAUAACAAUGUAAUUGGCCAGGGACAACCACAGCCGUCGCAUUUUGCUGUACAAAAUCCAAAUAACGCACUCCAUUACGGUCCUGCUGGGCGGGCUGCAAACGAACAAACCAUGACAUACCGAAUCGAUCCCACCGCUGCAGCCAAUGCUGGCCAAUAUGGCCACGCGGCAGCAGCCUACGGACAAAUUAAUAGUUCUUUUGAGUGGCGUAAUAUGGAACUACAAAACAGUAUUGACCCAGGCAUGGGCACAUCCGGAACCGCCGGACCAACCGUUCAAUCGGUUGCUGCAACCAUGAAAGCCAACAAAUACUAUCCAGUGAUGGAUGCCAGUGGUGCCGCAGGCGGCGGUUUUAUUCAAUCUCAACAAUCACAGCAACAUCAAUCCCCUCACCAUCAUCCUCAACAGCAGCAACAGUUGCACCCACAGCAGCAUCCUCAUCAUCAACAAACACAACAGCAGCAACAUCAAGCUAUUGCUGGUGCUUCCAUACAGGUGAAGAACCCACAAGAAUCGCAACAACAUCACCAACAGCAGCAACAGCAACAGAUGUUGCAUAUGAACAACCAGGAGUUCAUGGGUUACCAGGAAAUCUGGAAUGCUAACUUGGUUAAGAUGGAAUACCAAGAAGACGUAAACAACUCGAAUGUACCAGGAAGUUCGUACAACAACAUUGGAAACAUUUUAUCGAAUCUGGACCUAAUAGGCAACAAUAGUAACUAUGAGCAAAACUAUGACAUUGUACCGCCGAACGCCGGUGCUGAACAGCAGCAACAAGCUACUCAAUCUACUGGUCAAGUGCAGCAGGUCCCACCUAAGAGUACCUACCACAAACAACAGCAACAUGUGCACCAGCAGCAGCAACAACAACAACAACAGCAACAAGCCGGUAUGAUGGGCGUAGAGAGUCCUGUGUUGGUCAAUCAGCAUCAUCACCAACAACAACAGCAGCAGCAACAACAGCAACAAUAUUUCCAAGAACAUCACCCUCAUGCUUCUACUCAUCACCCCCAUCAGCAACCGCACCAUGGCCUCCAUCAUCAACAGCAGCCUCACCACCCAGCGGCUCAUCAUGCGCAGUUGCAUGCCCAUCAUGGGCCACAACAGACACCCAGUCCGCAUCAUCAUCCACCUCAUAUGCAGCAGCUUCAGGGAACCCAGCAACAACAGCUGCAGCAUCAGUACAAUGCACAUCUUCCACAUCACCAACAGCAUCCUCAUCAUCUUCCGCAUGCACCUGGACCUCCCGGUGCUCACCAUGCAGCAGCUGGACCCUCUUCUGCUGGACAUCCGCAUCAAAUAUCACAACAACAGCCACCAGGUAUGAGCUAUCCUGCUAAUCAACAACAUCCUCACCAACAACAACAACAACAACAACAGCAACAACAGCAGCAGCAACAAGCACAGCAACAGCAGCAGGAUCAUACCCUGACAGACAUAUCCAAAACCAACAACCUACAGUUUGUAGACAGCUUUACCGAAUCAAUCGAUUACCUGCAGCAGUCGUUUCAAUACGUGUAGUAAGUAGGUUCAACAGCUUUCUGCUGAUGGGUUCACAUUUUAACGUCAUUUGACACGCUGUCAUUCAGGUGUAUUGUUCGUCUGUGUAGGUUACUGGGAAAUGUAUUUUGGACACUUGCUCCGAUUCUGUAUCAGUUUCGGUAGCAUUUUAGGUGCCUGGAAGGAAGGGUUGCUAGAGGUCGUUAGUUUACUGACAUUUCCAGGUGUUACGUUCUUCGUUGCAUGAGACUAAUCUAGCAGGUUGUCUCAAAUUUGUCUAGUAUCCGCACACACACACACACACACACACUGUCUAAGUGUCGCAUUUAUCUACGUCUUGUACUGGCCGGAUUCAAGGGAACGUCAUCUUCGAGGAAUUGCAGCCCGGCAUUUUCACAAUUUGUAAACGUUCGUUGGGUUUAAGGAAUAUGAUUGAAGUCGAUGGCUUGAGCGCCACUUUCUCUCUAUGGAGAAAUUAUACAAAGCGGUGUGACUUAACCAGAACCGAACCAAGUAGGUAUAAUCGCCAGAUCUUCAUUAUACUAGCUCAGAUUUGCUUUUACUACCCACCAUGAGAUCGAAUAUGUCUGAAUAUGAUCGACUGCAAUCAAGGACAAGCUUGAUAGAAUCCACAAAUAGCCGCUAUCAUGACUAACUUUACCAGGCAAAUCAGCCAAGACCAUUUGAGGAUUCUAUCAACCUUGUCCUUAAUGACGAAUGAGCGCUAAGGACCGAAACAGAAAAAAAUAAAAACGAAAUUCUUGUACGGACACAAACAUUUAAUAUAUACUAAUCUGCUAAGUACAUCAUUCAAUCGUGUUGAACUCAAGCUCGAAAUUUACCAAAAUGGGUAAUAAUUAAUGUCAUGGCUAUGAAACAAAAAUGUCGUCAUACCUGCGCAGGUUUUUGAUGCUACAAUAUGAUGCUGGCCUCAGUGACACCACUAAGCGACGAUGACCUUCCAAACUGUUUCUAAAGUCGCUCAGCUAUGCAAAGCGACUCAUGUGCGAUGAGGCCUGUAAUACAGUUGCGGUG